GUGCGUGAGAUAAGUAUCGCAAUAAUCACAGUAAUACCUGCGAAAAAAGUCAAGUAAUCAAAACCAAAAACGAACUACAUGUAUGGAGAUCUCGGACCCAAGAACCUUGCGAGUGAGUGAGAGAGACGGAAACUCGGGGGAGGUAGGAAGAUGAUUUGUCAAUCCAAUGGUACAGAUUUAUUUAAGAUAUCUGACGGCUAUUAUUGACCUGAGAAGUAUCUCAAUUAAAACGGCGUCGUUUUAGACGAUGUAUAUAAAAAAGGAGAUAAUUUUUAACGAUGAUCGGAGAUAUCUCCCCGCCGGACGCUUUAAUCCCAGUUGUUGAAGGAAAGGCGGAAGUGAGGAAGACGAAGAAUCUGCUACCGCCGUUAUCAGCGGUGGCGUCUCAUUUUGGCACAAGCGGAUUGUCCGUCGCGUUGGCCACCGGCGUGACUCAUCCUCUUGAUGUAUUGAAAGUAAGAUUGCAGAUGCAGCAUGUUGGACUUGGACAAAGAGGCCCAGUAAUCGGAAUGACUGGAAUCCUUCUUCAACUACGGAAGAAUGAAGGGCCUAGGUCUUUGUACUUGGGUUUGACUCCUGCUCUCACUAGAUCAGUGCUUUACGGUGGUCUCAGAUUGGGACUAUACGAACCCACCAAGGUUUCUUUCGAUUGGGCGUUUGGGUCUACCACUGUCUUGGUCAAGAUAGCAUCAAGAGCAUUUGCUGGGGCCUUCUCCACUGCAUUAACCAACCCGGUUGAAGUUGUCAAGGUAAGGUUGCAGAUGAAUCCAAACGCAGUUCCCAUGGCACAAGUGCGGGAAAUAGUCUCUAAAGGAGGUAUAGGAGCUUUGUGGAAAGGAUUUGGUCCUGCCAUGGUUAGAUCUGCAGCACUAACUGCCUCACAGCUUGCAACAUACGACGAAACAAAGCGGAUUCUGGUUACACAAACUUCUUUGGAAGAAGGGUUCAUCUUCAUUUAUGGUGUAGUAAGCACGCUGAUAACUGCUCCCAUGGACAUGAUUAAAACACGCUUGAUGAUGCAGCAUGAUUCCGGAAGCUCCAGAAUCUACAGAAACGGGUUUCACUGUGGUUACAAGGUUGUUCGCAAAGAAGGACCUAUGGCACUUUACAAAGGGUUAGACAAAAAGAUAUCAUUUCUUGAGGAUAUAUAGAAACAGUUAUUAGAGCAUCUUCAACCCCUCUAUUUUUCACUCAAAAAUAAAGUUUAGAGUAAAAAAUGCUCCAAUGAUACUCUAUUUCUCACUCUAUCUACUCCAAAUAUAGAGUAGUUUUUUUUUUUUGUUUAUCGCUCUAUUUUCUACUCUAAAAUAGAGUACUAUUGGAGUAAACUCAAACUCUAUUAUAAAACUACUCUAUUUUAGAGUAAAAAAUAGAGUAAGCCAUUGGAGAUGGUCGUAGUAAAAUAAAUUAAACGUUUCUUCGCUAUUUUCGCUCGGCUCGGACCACAAACGAUGAUCACGUUCAUACUCUGCGAGAAGCUAAGAUCACUCGCUGGACUUCACACAAUGUAGCCACUCGAGGGUCCGGUCCGGCUCCAGCUUAAGUUCUACUCCAAUUUUGAAGAAAAUAAAAUUAAGAGUACGUGAGCUUGUUAUUCACCACAAAAUUUUAAUUAUUAUUUGUUAAUUGUCUUAGGUUUAUUUAUAUUUAUCAACCGUCCAAUUUUACGGAA